AGUCACGCGUUUUCCAGAAACCCGUCAGGAAGGAGAAAAACAAAACAAACCCGAGAGCAGGAACAGCGUGAGGACACCAUUCCACAGGAAACCGUGUUAUUUCCAAGAGAGGAAGCUCCAAGAGGUCCAGCGUUCAGACAGACGUAUGCGAGGGUGCCGUACAAGUCUGAAGCAUACAGAGAGCUACACCAGUCCACAAGAGACCAGACCAGGUUGGGCCACCUUAAUCGCCCUCUCCCUCUCCCCCGUCCCUCCAGCCGAGCAGACUGCAUUGGCAAGCGCUCUGUGGUCGCCCGGCCCUCCUCAGCAGUAACUCCCUGUGUUGAUCCCAUAACCUCACACCACUGGGACUGGACAGUAGACCCAGAGGUUCUCGAAGCUGGAGCUCUAAGCUUUGUCUGGCAAUGCCUCAGCCCAGCGUCAGUGGGAUGGAGCCUCCCUUUGGGGACGCCUUUCAGAACUACUCCUUUGCUGACCAGGCUUUGACCAGUACUGAGCUGCUGGCAACCAGCUCUGACCCAGAUUUCAUGUAUGAGCUGGACAGAGACAUGACCCACCGGCAGAGUCCCUGCGGGGACAGCAUUGUGGGGUUAGGGGACGGAGGCAAGGAGGUGGAAGGAGGUGUCGAUCAGUUCAUGGGUCUGGGAGACUGUGAGACCGUCUGCAGCAGCUCAGCGUUUGAACAGUGGGACUCGUACUGGGAAGAUCUCACCAGAUACACACGGCUGGCCAGCUGUGACAUCUGGGGAACCAAAGAGGUGGAUUUCCUCGGACUGGAUGACUUCUCCAGUCCGUACCAGGAUGAGGAAGUGGUUAGCCGAACGCCAACGUUGGCUCAGCUCAACAGUGAGGAUUCCCUGCCUGUCUGUGAGACUCUCUACCCGCCCAUAGACCUAAACCUGCCUGCCCCACAAGCUCAAACCCCCCAACUCCCCUCUCACAGUAAGAGGCUCCUGGUUCCUAACCAGGGAUUCGGUUCUAUGUGGCCUUCCCCAAGCGCCUCUUCCCGUCCUUCUUACAGCCGUCCUCCAGACUUUCCUGAAGGCUCCCAAAAGGCAACCAGGCCUGUUCCUUCCUGCACAGAGACUAUGGCAAAGGCCCAGAACUAUCUUAGUCUCACCCAGGACCACAGCCAGACUCAAAGCAAGUCUGUGGGGAGAGGGACAAAGAUGGCCGCCCCGGGUUCUCUCGGCAUUGACUUUGUCCGGAAGGCUAAAGUACGAGUGAGUUCUGUUUACAGAGCUCCAGCUGAGUUGCCUUCCCAGACAGAUUUCAAGGGGUCAGACCCGCCUCUAGCCCACUGCCAACCUGAGGAGGAGAAAGCUUCCACUUCCACUUUGGUUGGACUUCCUGCUGCAACAGCCAGCAGCUCUCCAAGCAUGGCAGGCUUUGAGAAGAAAACGGAGGGCGUUGUGAAGAGGGAGAUCCCAGGAGGAUGCCCUGCCUCACUGCCUCAGCUAGUAGAAGCAAAUCAGGCUCUGAAGAGCAGCAACUCCGGGCCGACCAGCCUGGAGGAUGUGGCAGGAGCCAGCAGCGAAAGCGGCGUUCUCGGGGUCGCAGACCCUGAGCAGGGCAAAGAGGAGGAGCACAAUUAUUCUCUGUUCUUGACCCGCAGUGGACUUACAGGCAGAAGCCACUCCCAACUGGAGGAGGAUGAGGAUGAGGGGGACGAGGACGAGGGAGAGGAAGAUGAAGGGGAUGGGCUGGAGUUGGACGACGAAGACCAUGAUGAGGGUUUUGGCAGUGAGCACGAGCUGUCUGAGAACGAUGAGGAGGAGGAAGAGGAGGACGAAGACUAUGAGGCAGACAAGGAUGACGACAUGAGUGAUGCCUUCUCUGAGCCAGGCUGUGACAUAGAGCUGAUGGACGACGUGAAAGGCCUGACAGCCGGAGUCUCAAGCCGCAAGAGAGGCAAACGGCGCUACUUCUGGGAGUAUAGCGAGCAACUCACGCCCUCCAAACAGGAGCGCUUACUCAAGCCGUCUGAGUGGGACAGACACACGUUGCCAAGCAACCUGUAUCAGAAGAAUGGGCCUCUGCAUGGAAAAUACAUGCUGAAGAAGUCUCGGCGCACUGAUGUGGAGGACCUGACUCCCAAUCCACGCAAACUGCUGCAGAUCGGCACUGAGCUCCGCAAACUGAACAAAGUGAUCAGCGACCUGACUCCGGUCAGUGAGCUGCCGCUGACGGCGCGACCACGCUCUCGCAAGGAGAAGAACAAGCUGGCAUCCAGGGCUUGCCGUUUAAAAAAGAAAGCUCAGUACGAAGCAAACAAAGUGAAGCUUUGGGGACUCAGUACGGAGUAUGAUCGGCUACUGUUUGUGAUCAACGCCAUCAAGGAAGAGAUAAUGGUACGAGUUGAAGAUUCUUCUCCACGUUCAACCAACAUGACAGAGACUCUGGAGCAGCUCAUCCAGGAGACACUUGUGCCAUCACCUGUUGCUGGGCAGACUUCAGAAUUUGUCAAUAAUAUCUUGGAGAACACAAGCCGUGGCGAUCCAACUGGCGGUCUGGUCGGCCUGCGAGUCCCCACCUCCAAAAACUAGACAAACAGCCGUCCCGAGAGAGAAGUGGACAGAGAGUUUUCCACUUUGCUGUCUCAUUGUAACUAUGCCCCUCUCUGCAUGCCCCUCCAACCCAGACUGCAUACACAGUGUAUGACACACACACACACACACACACCAAUCCUUAUGUGUAUGUCUGAGCGCUUGUUUUCACCAUGCACCUACCUAGCUUUCAGCCUCUGCAUGCAGAGACGGAACAUCAUCAUCUCCCAAGUCAUGGUGGCCACUUGUCGGGAGAAGUUAAUCUAAAAGCAAGUGUCGGCUGGAUAGACGUGUAUUGCUGCGCCCUUAAAACCACUGGUGAUGAGUGUUUAACGUGUGCGGGUGGUUUGGUUGGAGGACAAAGACGGGACAUGAGUGCAACCUCUGGAAUAUUUCCACAGAAACCAACAGACCCUGACAAAAGGUUGAAGAAGCUCCAGUUAUUGUGUGUUUAUGAAGAGGUUUGCCCUACAAAAGCAACAAAAAAAUAACAAAUGGAAUACUAAAGACUGAAGAAUUCCAGGAUGUUAAAUUGACUCGUUCACUAAAGCACUUUGACCAUUAAAAAUGGCUCUGGUAGUUGCAAAGAAAACAAAUGCAGGUGGUAGCAAAUGUUUUGUACUGAAGGCUUAAAUAUGUUUAUGCCAUCACCUGUUUGCCAAUCAGCUUUGCUACUGUAAGAAUAGUUAAAGCAAAUGAACGCUUGACACAAAAAAAAAAUCAGUAGCACCUGACCGUGAUCAGUUGGGACUAAACAACAGCCAUCCUGCGCACACGGAGCUUGUGGCGGACAGGAGACAGCUCUGUGGCUGCUUUUGACAAUGUUACCUUAAACAGGAGAGUGUGGGCUAACCACGUGUUGUGGAAGAGCAUGUAGCAUGGUGCUUUCUGGCCUUGUGUGGAUCGUAACUGGACUGGGCGAAAACAAAAAACAAAAAAGCGGGUGUUCGGCCAGUAUGGGAACAAGCAGGCUUCGAGGAAGAUGAAAGUGAUGACAUGAACAGCGAUCCAUCUCCUCCAUGAAACUGUACCAAAAUGGUUCCCAGGCACCGGCUCCCCUCUUUUUUUUGUACAGUAGAGGUGACCAGACAGUUUGGUGUGUUCAUACUAGUUUUCGAUCCGAGUUCUAUUCAUUGUGCCUUGUGUAUGUAUGUGUGAGAGUCUCUGUAAAUCUGACUGUGUGUGCGUUUGUGUGUGUGAGAAAAGGGCUGAACAGGAAGUGCAGAUAUGUUGGAGCCCCUUGAGUUCCCGCUCAGGCGGGGAAAUCGUUUGUGAAUACGAGGAGGGACACACUUGUGCGGUGUGGUGUGUGUUUUUGUCGUCUAAAGAUAUUCUGAAUGUACAUAGACAAAUGGAAGCUCUUGUUGCGUGAUGCCACAGAGUUAGUGUAUAUAGGAGGGCUCUGCAAUAGAUGACCUUUGGUUUUUUGGUACUCUGUCUUUGGCAACUUAGGGGGCGGGGUUAAAAGAUGUUUUUCCUUUAAAAUUUGCACACUAUAUUUUGAUUGUUUUUUGUACCAAAGACACAUGCAACGAAAUGGCAACCAGCCAGUUAAAGUAAGGUUUUGCACAGCUUACCUGACGCCGUAUUGAAUGUAAGAAAAGUGGGAGGGUCAGGGAACUUCAUAGAACUGUGAAAUUAUCUUGGGUCCAAUUCUGUACAGAAAAGGAACAGUCAUUUUGUCUUUUGAAAUCUGAAAAAGUUAACCCCCUCUGUGGGCUUCUCCAGUAGGUUGGUGGCUUUGGAAGCACUUAUUCCUGAACUGAUUCCUUCCUCCACAUGCUUAGUUUGCUCUCCGUGCUCGCUAGGAAAGGAAGCUGAGGGCGCUAAUAGAUAAGCUACGUUACAGUUGUGCUUGUUUGUCACAAUGGCCGACAAUAACCAAAAUAUUUGCGUCUCACGUCUUUGAUUUCUAUAUGUAAGUUUUGAGUUUUGUUGUAAAGUACUGUAGAUAGCGACAUUACUGAUAUAUCUAUCAAUGGUAAAUGCCACUUUAAUGACAAUGAUUGAUUUUUAAGCAUGACACAUUUCUAAAGCUUAUCCUUACAUUGAAAGCAUUAGAAAAAAAAAAAAGCAACAAAAAAAUAGUACUAUAUUUUUGUAUUUUAGCUGCCUGCUUAUUUUCCUGUUGAUUUGGAGACAGACACUGGCCAGAGGAGAUGUGUGAGGCCUCAUCUAAGCUUAUUUGACACUUUUGUCUUUUUUUUUUUUUUUUUUUUUUUUUGGAGAGAAACCAAAUUCCAAGGCUAGAUAGACAUGUGGGCUGACGAAAAACCAGCUGCAGAAAAAAAUAAAGGCGAUUUGAUUCUGUUCCACCGUGAUCUGGUCUGCAUAAUUUCCAUUUAAGCAGCUAAAUUCAACAUUUCACUGACUUGCAUCUUAGAGACUUACUAAUCUCUCGUGUACAUACAUGUAAAAUACAUAUAUACAUACACUGUGCAGCCUGAAAAAAUGCCUAACUUCUUAUAUUUUAGUUUUUUGAUGUUGCUUCUUCAAGGAAGAGCUAGUGUUACCUGGUUGAGUCCAAAGUCUGAUAGGAUUAGAGCGUUGAUGCUCAGAUCAGGAAGGUCGGAGGUGAUGUUCUCCUUUACAGAGCGAUAUCCCAUGAUGGCGUGCAUACACGUUUUUUCCGUUCCAUCUAAUAAAGAAAAGGGAGAAAUGGUGCUCUUUCUUAAACCAGAGUUGAGUACCCACGAUUUUUUUUGUAGCUUUUUGACUUGCUGUCCUCUACCGCCCAGCUACUUUUUCUUCGUGUUUGAGUUUUGAAAAUAGUUGAUAUGUAUCUAAGUGUACAGAUUAUUCUUAGUUGUUAAAAAACAAAGCACUUUGUUCAAAUAAAGAAGAAGAAAAAGAAAAGCAUUUUUUCUUCCAUCUGCUGCUAAACGGCCUCGUGUGAAUGCUGCAAGUGUACUUGAUGACUACUUGCUCAGUACAGUCUAUUGCCAGACAGGGCUUGGUCUACAAACUAGCAAGGAAUAGUGUGUGGCCUAACGUUGGAUCGACGCAAUUUUGAAGCCGUGAAAUGUUGUUGCGGGGCUUUGGUGGGAUUAGUGAUUUGACUGGAUAGGUCCUGGUCAGAGGUGCUGUGAUGGUAUGUUUGUGUUCUUAAACAAAAAGAAAAAAAAACAGAGGGUUUUGAUUCCAGGGCCCCUACUUUGAUCCUGAUGCUGACCCCCCUUGGCGUCACGAUUCAUUUGCCUUCAGUAGAGGUUUCCUAUGGAAAAAAUGAUUCUGCUUUGGCUUCCUCUUCAGGGUGAUGUACAGUGUAGACACAUUUCUUCAGAGAGCUAUAUUGUUAUCAUUUUUAAACUAAUUCCUACUUGUGACUUAAUGAGGAGAGGUUUUGCCUGGGGUGACCUAGAACAGCAUGCAUGAGAGAUGCCGUUCUGUGCCCCCCCAGGGGAGGUUACUAUAUCACUGUACUGUAUGGAAAGCCAAUUUACAAAUAAAUAGUCAAUCCGGACACUUAUUGCCUUUUGAAAUGACCUUUCACACAUACACACAAACUGAAAUAACAACAACAACAACAAUGGCGGACAUGUAUGCAGUUUAGGGGCAACCCUGAGGUCGCUGACAUUGUUUUGCCCGCACAGUAAAUAAACCAAUUUGCUCAAAAUAACCUUGACUGGAGUAGCAGUGAAGUGCAUCUAAAAUUGGCUUCAGGAGUUGAACCUAUUUGAUCUUUUUUUUGUCUUUCGCAACAGUAUUUGAAACUUUUUUUUUUCUCAGCUGUGGUUUGAUAAUAGAUUAUGCUAGGGGUCAACAGUGGAUACAGGGCUGCUGAUUGACGGCCGGCUGGCAAAAAUAUAUAAGGAGAAAAAAAAGUGGCGUCUGUGUUUAGUUGUCUAUCUUAAUUGGCUGGUUAAAGAAAAAGUCCUCACGUGUCUUUACUUUUAACGUGAUAGGUGCAAGCUGUGCAAGUUUACACUUCAGCCAGGAGACUCUGUGGCAUUUUAACCGUCAAGGAAAUUAGUGAAAAUCCACGCCAGUAAAACUUUUUCUUUCUGAUGACUCAAAGUCCUGCAAUUAUUAAGCAACUCGAGUGUGUAACUUUGUGCAACUCUUGUCUAAUAAAAGCUACAUGGAUCCAUAAAGCUCUUCAGCAAUUCAGGGUAAUAUUGUUCUUCUAUCUGAUGUGUGAUGACAUAUAAAUUACAAAGAAAAUAUAUUUAUGUAUUCCAGUUAUCGUCACCAUUCUUUACUCUGUAUAAACUAUUGUCUGUAUGUGUAUCUUUAUGAAUUAUCAAUGUCAAUCACUAUGGUGCAAUGCUCUGUACACAAAGUAAAAAACAAAGGCCAAGAGACUGACACAAAAACCCACCAAAUUCUCAUCACUCAUAGCGAAACAAAAAUCUGCAACAUUUUCCAAGGAUUUGACACCGAUGUUCUGCUGUGAUCCGACUGGGAUUUGUCACAUAGUGGCUCCGCCCCCACCUCCCUGCACUCACCAAUAAUUCUCAUUUGUUCUGGUGACGUCAUGAUUUUACUGUUGGACCAAUCAGAGGAGGAUUCUUACGAAUUCUUGCUCUAAAACAAGAAUUGUGAUUUCCUUUUUUCUUUUCUUUCUUUUUCUCUAACUUAUUGCAGUACCUGUUUUGUAAAAGCCAGACUCCGUUUGACACGAUGAGCCAAAGGAAAAAAAGUUUUGAUUUCAGAGUCAAAAGCACUCACCUUAACAUCCAAAUAUGCACAAACGUUCUGAUGUGUUAGCAUGAGUGGUUUUGAGCCGUCGUUGAAUCUCACACCUACGAAUUCCAAAGGAAGUGCAUCCCAACACUUUGUUUUACAGUCCAGUAACUUUCCUUUAACAACUUUUUUUCUUUUGCUCCUAGAAUUGUGUAGGGGUCCGUGUGUUGCUUUCAUACCGGUGUCCUUAAGACAAGUGUUUUCAUUUUAAUUGUAAUUGAUUUAAAAGUAUUAAAGCUCUUUGGAGAGUAAAGCUUGCACAUAAAAACUACUCCAGUCAUGCAAAAAGACUCCAGAAUCCUUGCAGUUCAUUACUGCGCCCAUUUCCAGCUUUGAAGGAUAUAUAUAUAUAUACCGUAUAUAUAUCUUUUCACCACUGUAUUAAAAAGGAACAUCCCUGUUCGGGCUGCAGCAGGAAAAGUGGAGGAUGCUCCCUUCUUGCAGUGAAAACUGUAGAUGCUCUCAGGCAACUGCAUCUGUAGAACAAGUGUUGCUAAAAGCACUUAGGUCUAUCUGAACGCCUCUUGCUGGUCGUGUCAGACCUUAGAGUCUGGCUUAGAACUUCUUUUGUAUCCCUCGGUCUUGUGUAACUGUUGUAAAACCAUUUCAUUCCUCAUUAGCCACAAACUUAUUAUACUUCCUGUUUAUUUUUAAUGUCAGCAAUUCAUGGAUUGUGUUUGUGGAUUCCCUGCAUAGGUUGGGAAAACCUGACAACAACUUGACUCUUAGGACAAAAAAAAAAGCUGCAAAGCAAUUUGGCAAAUUGUGAUUGUUCAAAAGUUGUUGCAUGGCUGUUUUGGGGCUCUCUGUACUCUCAGUUGUAUGAUUUCAUACUUGCUGCUAUCCAAUGAGCACAAAGAGACUUCAGAGUUUGAUUUAACAGUGUCCAUGACAAAUUUCCUUUUUUUUUUUCCCUCUCUCUCCUCCCUCCUCCUUCUAUUACAUUCACAUGACACUCCUUGCAUUUGGUUUUUACACUUACAAGAAAGGAAAAAAAAAAUCAAAAAACGAUGCCUGCUAAACCAGGUGCCUUAAUCGAACAUGACACAAAUCUGCACCUUCUGUCAGUCUGGAGGGAGUUUCCCAACAGAAACAAGGGACUGAGUUUCCCAAAACCUAAACUUGAAGUACAAUUCUAGAAUGAAAACCUAAUUUUCCGCAUAAUUUUCAACAUAUUUUAUAGUGAGAAACUUUCAACUGAAGAUCAAAGUAGUGUAAUACUUUCCUAUGGGACUUCCAUUUGGUAUUACAGAAGAAGAUCCAUUAAAGCUUGCAAUCUAAAUUAACGGCGCUGGAGGAAACCCGGUUGUGUUUGUAACUCUUUCUCUGCCCACUAUGCCACGUUCUUGUGAUUUCUGUAUUGGCUGCUGCUAUCACUGCUGGUGUCUUGUGUAGAGAGGAGCAAAUUUCCACUCUGUUUGUGGCAGCGGGAGACUUGGGCCUGCUUUAUACCUGGACAAUAAUAAUGCAUUCUUCAGAGGUUUUGACGUGGAGCACUGUGUUGCUGCCCUUUGAGACCUUUUAUUUUUGCGACAAACAAACAAAAAAUAGUUUAAAAAAAAAAAGACUUUCCAUUUCUUAACUUUGCUAUAAUGAAGUGCCAGAUCCUCCUUGAAGUCAGUGUUGGCAUGGAGUCGCUGCGAAUGAAGCGACAAACUGAGCAUGGAGGUAAACGUGGUGCUAACCUGUCCGUGGCUGGGUGCUACAGGAACAUGGCUGUGUUGAAUUUUAGCCAUAUUAUUCCUUCUGUUGAUGACUCCGGUCAGUCUCGUGUUUCUGACUGCUGCACUGCUGUACGCUGACAUAGCGAGGUAUAACUAUGCUGCUGCUUUGCUGAUGAAUGUAGACUAGUCUUCCUCAGCAGGAUCACACAGACAAACGCGAGUGUCUUGUGGAGAUUUUUCCUGUUGUUUGACCUUGUUUGGAGAACUCAAAGAGGGAGACUUUGGUCAUCGGGAUCCAGAAAGAUCUUGAAUGUUGUAUCUUUAUUUGGCCGCUGUCUUUGCUUAUAUGUUUAAACUUCUUUUUAUUAAUAUUAUGGUUUGAUAUUUAUGCUCUCGACUCUGUAUUAUGUUCUACUUUUCCUAAAUUAUAUUUUGCCUUUUUUUUCUCCCUCUGACCUACGUGUUCAUAACGAUAUGUGAUAUUUAUUUGCGAGUUCCUCUAAAAUUUAUAUUUAAGAUGAUUGAAUCCAGAGUUUGGAGCUUUUCCGCUGAGGAGGCGUCCGUGAGUCUGGGAUGUUUCGAGAGAGUCACAGACAGGAUCAUUUAUUUUGUUGGCCUGUAAGUGUAUUUAAAUUGAAACUAAUUUAGCAAAAAUUAUUUUUUCCUUAUUUAUGGAUAACAUAGGUUAUUUUUAGUUACUGGAUUGAUUUCAAUUUACAGCUAAUCUAAAUGAAUAUCUGCACAGAUUUUUAAGAAAAAAAACUUUUUUUUAUUAAUAAGAAAGAAAUUCCUGUCUGUGAGGCUCAGGAACUUGUUUGAAGUUGGUCAGAAAGGGUUGAGCUAAAACCCUAACGUAAAUCAUCCAAUCAGCAAACAGAACCUCUUCCUGACAUGGGUCUUUCUGACUCUUUAUUGAGGUUUGGUUGCUUAAAUGCUUUAGAUUUAAUUUUCGUGUUGAUUUCAGUUGUGGGGGGGGGGGCUGUUGAGCUACUGACUCCCCCCCCUUCCUGUUAUUAGGGUGUGAAAGUUGUCCUGUCAGGGGGCCCCUGAGAUUUGACGGGGUCAUUAAAAGGCUGGUGGGCAGAGACCCUUCACCUUUCCUAGCAGCAAGCGAUGCGGUCAGAUUUCAUUUCCUUUUUUUUUUUUCCCCGCAUCCCGACCUUAUAAAAGAAUUCUAAAAACAGCAACAACCCACUCUUGACAAUAAAAUUCAAACUCCUCUUUCUAUUUAUGCACACAUCAUGCAACAAAGCAGUGAUUUUUAUCUCCUUCCAGACUUGCCAAAACGCUCGAAGCACGAAACAUUAAAAUAAAAAAAAAUGCUUAUCUUACACAUUUGAUAUGAUUUCAUUAUAUGUUUUAAAUUUAACGGCUGGUGAGACGAUUUUCUAGGAAAACCAUACAAGCCCAAACAUGUAGAUGAUCUGGGAGGUUAUCGAUCAUCCUGAGCUCCACAGCUACAUGCCAUUGUUAUGAUGCUUCUGGUCUUGUAUGGUAUCUUCUUUGACUAGAUCAACAGCAUGGGAUCUCUGUAGUUAGUCCUGUGUGUGUUCCUCUCCCUGGUCUCAGUAGGAAGGCUGUACUUCAUUGCUAAGUGUUGUAUAAUAGAUCUCUUGGUGAUACUAAUUUUCUAAAGACGCGAAACCUGCAGAAAGUGUAUCCUGCUGAAACUAACUUGAUCCUCUCUUUUAGCAUUGACGUCUAUAUUUGUAGUUCACAUAUAUGCCUGUUCAAAUAAAAUAUCUCGACAAUUGUUAUAUUUAUGUUGUGUAAUAAAUGUUAUUGGUUUUUACUUUUGUUUCGACUAACUUUCUUUUUACACCUUCUUUCGGGGCACAGUUUGUGGCUUUAUACACAGCUGGGGGGGCCCCCCCCCCAUGGUUUGUACUGUAAACGCUUCUUCUGGUUUUUGUCUUGGACUGCUCGGCAUCCUGCGGUCACCUUCCCUGAACGUUUGUUGUGUUCUUGUGCCUCUUUUUCUUUUUUCUUUUUUAAAGACCAUUCUCUUCUGUGGUAUCAGCCAGGUGUUGAUAUUGCAGCUCUGCUUGUAACCAUGUUAGUCUGAUUAUGUUUUAUUGAUUUUAAUAUCAAAAUAAUAAAAACCAUUAGCACCCCA